ACACAGUAGUAUUACCUUUGAGCUACGCCCACUUUUCACGGUGGGGGUCCGUCUUCGCUGCGUAUAUACGGCGGCGCGCGCAGCGUGCAGGUCGAGGGGUGCGUUGCGGUAGAGAAGGGUGUUUGUGACGGUGGUAUGACGGAGGAAGGAAGAAGCGUGCUUGUGACGGUCGGAACCACCAGCUUCGACGAGUUGGUUGGUUCAAUAGCCGAGGAAAACUUUAUGAAAGAGCUGGUGGCUAAGGGAUACACACGAUUGGUUCUUCAGAUCGGGAAGGGAGACGAGGCACGUGUACCGCAGAGUAUAGCUGGUUUAACAGUGGACCACUAUAGUCUCAAACCCUCCAUCAAGAUAGAUAUGCAGCAAGCUUCUCUCAUCAUAAGUCACGGA